AUGGAAAAUGCGAAAGAUGCAAGAGACACAAAAGGCAUAAAAGACUCAAAAGACUCAAAAGACUCAAAAGACUCAAAAGACUUAAAAGACUCAAAAGGCUCAAAAGACUCAAAAGAUUCAAUAGAUUCAAAAUACUCAAAGGACUCAAAAGACUCAAAAGACUCAAAAGACUCAAAAAAGACUCAAAAGACUCAAGAGACUCAAAAGACUCAAAAGACUCAAAAGAUUCAAAAGAUUCAAAAGACUCGAAAGACUCAAAAGACUCGAAAGACUCAAAAGAUGCAAAAAACAUAA